CUGCAAGAUGUGCUCGAGCCAUUCAAGACCAACUACUGCACCAAGAACAAGGGCCGUAUACUGACAUGGCUGCCCAUCAUGGGACAGUGCAUCAUGCGAGCCAACUUCAAACAGGUGCGCAUAUCAAUGUUCAAGCGCGUGUCUGGUGUACUCCAUGUGUAG